AUGGCAAGGGCAAAUGAACUUGUUCUCAGCAGUAUUCCACGGCACGACACAACCAAGCCAGGGCUUCAAGAAUCCGGGCACGUGAUCACUCUUGAUCUGCAAAAGCAAUUCUUGCAAGGUGAGUUUGGGAUUUCCUUACUUGGUUUGCCACAUUUAAGACACUUGGACAUGAGCCAAAUUGAUUUCCAGGGGGCACAUAUUCCUGAUUUUAUUUCCAGUUUUAAGAACUUGGAGUAUCUCAAUUUGUCUAAAACGAAUUUUAGGGGAGAAAUUCCUGAGAAUCUUGGCAAUCUGUCGCGGUUGCAGUUUCUUGAUCUGAGUGGUUAUUAUUCACUCCGGGUGAAUAACCUUAAGUGGAUUCAGCCUCUCGUCUCUAUGAAGAUUCUUGAUUUGAGUGGUGUUAACCUUAGAAGCACGGAAAACUGGCUACAUGACAUCAAUAUGUUAAGUUCUCUUUCAGAAUUACGUUUGUCUGCUUGUCAGCUUACUACAAUAUUUCCUGAAUUGCUUCCGACUUCUGUGAAUUUCACAUCCCUUCGGAUUCUUGAUCUUUCAUUAAACUAUUUUUAUACUUCGAUUCCUAGCUGGUUGUUCAACACAAGCCACAAUCUUGUUUAUCUGAAUCUCUCAAGGAGCUCGUUUAUGGGCUAUUUACCACCAACCCUGCCAUCAAAGCUGAAAUACUUGGAUAUUUCUGAUAAUCAUAUGGAAGGUCCUUUAGCAAGAAGCAUCACACAACUUAAGCAAUUAGUUGUCCUCAAUGUUGCUCGGAACUCUUUCAAUAACUCAAUUACAGAACAUUUCUUGAAUUUCACUGACUUGAGAAUGUUAGACUUGUCAUCCAACUCAUUUAUCUUCAAUGUAAGCGCAACUUGGAUGCCUCGUUUUCAACUUAACUUUAUAAGCCUGCAGUCUUGCGGACUUGGUGCACAAUUUCCUCAGUGGAUUCAGACACCAAAAGAGUUGUCAUUUAUUGAUAUCUCUCGUGCUAAUAUCUCAGGAGAAGUGCCUGAUUGGUUCUGGAAUUUUUCUGCCAAGGUUUAUCACAUAGACCUUUCGCAAAACUAUUUCCUAGGAGAAGUCCCUGAAUUUACAGAGAGAGUUCAUCUUACACAAUUGGACCUGAGUGAUAACAAUUUUCAUGGUCCUUUGCCUCAUUUUUCACCCAAUAUGUUGACUCUGAUUUUGGCAAGAAACUCCUUUAACAGAACUAUCGCCCCUGUAUGUGAAUCGCUUGUCAUGAAUAACUCUCUGAGUCUUUUAGACCUAUCCUCAAAUUCUCUAUCAGGACAACUUUUAGACUGUUGGAGAUAUGGGAAGAAUUUGCAAGGAUUGAAUUUAGCCUAUAAUGAUCUAUCAGGGGAGAUACCUCAUUCCAUCGGAGAUCUUGCUAAUCUAUUCUUUCUGCAAUUGCAAAACUACAGUUUCUCCAAAAAUCUGCCUUCAUCAUUGAAGAACGUAAGUGGUCUAAAAAUUCUUGACGUUUCUGAAAAUAAUUUUAUCUGGAAAGGUAUCAAAUUGGUUAGGAGAGAGUUUAAGUACUCUAGAGGUUCUUAA